CGGAAAUCUGCCCCACUUCACGGCACGGUGAACAGACGCGUCGCGUUGCCAACCAUCACCGUCUACCGGCUCCGUAAUUGACACAACAUCAACACGUGCAUUGAGUUGCAACUACAGCCGUAAUUAUAUUACAUAGGCGGUACCCUUGGCACAUGAGACGGCCGCCAACAAGACAAGAUGCCUUCUUCAGUUGCAUCUCUUACUUACGACGUUGAAGAAGCGUCCAAAGUACCCGCGAAGCGUCGCGGAGUGAGCAUCAAGCCAACUGUAGAGGAUUUGGCCUCUUCGCUCUACGAGGCUGGAGCCCUCCCUGACGAACUGACCCGACUGAUCAACUUGAUAACGAGGCCUAGCCAUUUAGACCAGGCCACUCGAGGGGCGCUUAUUCGGAAUCUCUACCCAGCGACCAAGGUGCCCAAGGAGGCUCUUCUGAACGUGUUAGGCUGCCUGGGCCAUGGCGAGCUCAAACCGUCUCUGCCAAUCCAGGCCCUAGUCUUGAGGUGGCUGGUCUUGGUUUAUAACGUUCUCGAAGAGCCCGGACUCCUCUCGCAGGCAUAUGCUGUACUUUUCAACCUCCUUGACACGGCUGCGUUAAGGUCUCAAUUGUGCCACUUGCUGGCCCUUGUCACUCGCCGCAAGCAUGUACGGCCAUUCAGGAUUCAAGCUGUGCUUGCAUUGUCACGACAAACUGGUAGUGACGCAUCAUUAACCGGCCUGCUGAGGGUUUACAAAAAUUACUAUCCCGAGAUUAUCGUCGGAGAAGUGACGAAGGGCAGGGCAUCAGCCUUCAAGCACCCCGAUCCCCAAUGGCGAUCGAGACUGGAUGAAAUCCAGGCGGAGCAUCUGCUGAGGAGCCGACAAGAGCCAGGAGGCUCUCGGAACGCUUUCCGGGUGAACCACCUGCUGAGCAAGCAAAUGAGAGGCCAAAGAGGCUCAUCUAUCCCUGCCGUCCAUACGCUACACGCUCAAGAGGAUUCCGUAACCCUAGAGGAAAUUGACAGUGCCGAAUCUUUCGUGCUCAACCUCGAGAAAAUAGAAUUGCCGAACCAGCUAGUAGCUGUGUUGGCAGAUCCACUUCUCCAGAAACUCAUGACCUUGAGAGCCAACCACGAGGACUAUUCUCGUGUCAACAACUGGGUGGCAGCUUGCAUCUUGGACGUAAGAAACGGAGAUGCAGACGCCGAGUUGCUCCUAGACACGGUCGACGUCCUCCAAGAUUACGUCUCAAAUACACAGGCCCUCCCCGAGGCAUUGCUUCCCCUAUUCAGCGAGCUGUUUAGAGUUUGGGACGGUGCCGACAAAAGGGAUGUUGUGUUGGAAGUUCUGUCUUACACCCCCCUGAUGCGAUUUGACCAGCUAUACGGAACGACGUUCCAACCGUUAGAGGCAUGCCUACUCGAUAACACAGCCGAAUCGCAGCUUCGUCUGCUCUCCUUUUACACUGCAUUACUCCGCAGGUGGAGGAUCAUUCUCCUCUCUGCUGAGGAUGUAUCGUCUCUAGAGGUUUCAUCGGUAUCAGAUUUGGUCGGGCAUGUCAACCAGCUCACCUUGACCCUGUCGCAGACAUCGCCCACAGCAUCGACCCAUCUCUCAAUCCUUGAAUUCUACAACUAUACAGCAUCACUCACCAUUGUCCCGAGUCUGCUGCAGCACCUGACUAUCGCGAUCCCCCCUCCUACUCUUGUGUACAUCCUGCACUUCAGCCACUGUCUCGCGGUCGUCUCGCGCGCCUGCGCCACCGUGGCGACGUACAAGCGCGGUCUGGAGAUGGCCAUGACACAGUCGUCGGGCAGGCACCUCAGCCCCGCCGAGAGCGAGCGCGUCAGGACGUUCAACGGCUUCCUGAUGGACAUGUGCAACUGCAUCUGGCGGUCCAAGGCCUUCGGCACGACCGACGUCAACGCCCAGGGCUGCCGCAUCCCCGUCGCCGUCGUGACGUCUCUCCAGACCUACCUCGCCGGCGUCGAUCCCGACACCCCCCUGGCAUCGGCGUUCGGCGUGUCCCACUCGCCGGUGCUGUGCCUGCAGUCGCUCUCGUACGUGCGGGAGCUGGAGGACAUGAUCCUUGCCGAGAUGGACGGCGACCUUCGCGAGCGCCACGGAGGGCCCGUGACGCUGAAAUCCCUGGCAGCCCUGAAGAAUAGGGGUGGGCUGGACCUGAGCUGGCAGGAGUACAGGUCCGGGGUUCUGAGGUACCUCGAGCAGAACGGGUUCGGGGGUGUUUCCAACUUGAUGUACAAUACGAUGAAGAUCCUGAUGCAUUCCAAGCCGUAGCGAGCAACAGAACACUCGACUUGUGGUGGCGGAGAAGAGGGAAUGAGCAGGGCUAGUUGAUGUUGAGGACAUUGGGAGUCGUCUGUUGAAUACAUGCACUUCUCUACCAGCGUCCCCUACUUCCAGCCGCCAUAUUGGAGUCUGUUGACUUUCUGCGAGGUGAGCGCGACAAGAG